CUUGCAUGACUCUGUCUCUCCCCUCUAUACUGCUCCUCAACCUCCUCCGCCUCCUCACACUCACCUCUUUCCAUCGAGCUGAACAGCAGCCAAUGCUUCACAGCGUUCCUGCCCUGGGUGUGUGUCCCAUGCCUGGGAAGCACAACAAGAUAAAGGGCUUCACCUGAGAGGGACCCAAGCACCUUCAUUCUCCACCUCUUUAUGAUUUGAAGCUCAAUUUGAACGACAAUUCCACUUCACACAUCUUUGUCAGAAAGUGUGGAGCUAUGAACGAGUCCCUGGUUGUGAAUGACUCCUCUGCAGUCGGAGAACCUGUCCCAUGGAUGGAGGCUGAGUCUUUGGACCAACACAACGGCAGCUUAGAACUCUCCACCGCUCCCUUAGAGUUCCCUGUCAACCCGUGGGACAUCAUGCUCUGCAUGUCAGGCACCGUCAUCGCCUGCGAGAACGCUAUCGUGGUAGCAAUCAUCUUCUACACUCCCACCCUGAGGACUCCCAUGUUUGUGCUGAUCGGGAGCCUGGCCACAGCAGACCUGCUGGCUGGCAUGGGAUUAAUCCUCAAUUUUGUGUUCCAGUAUGUCAUCUCCUCCGAGACCAUCAGCCUCAUCACGGUGGGCUUUCUGGUAGCAUCUUUCACGGCAUCCAUAAGCAGCCUCCUAGCUAUCACCGUGGACCGUUACUUUUCCCUCUACAAUGCCCUGACGUAUUUCUCAGACAAGACGCUGCAAUGCGUGCAUCUGAUGCUAAUCGUGACCUGGGGGGUGUCUCUGCUGCUGGGUCUGCUGCCAGUGCUGGGCUGGAACUGCCUGCACGAGCCAGCCUCCUGCAGCAUUGUCCGCCCUUUGACCCGGAGCAACGUCAUGCUCCUAGCCACGUCUUUCUUCGCCAUCUUUGUGCUCAUGCUGACCCUGUACUUUAAGAUUUGCAAGAUCGUGUGCCGACACGCACAUCAGAUCGCCCUACAGCAGCACUUUUUCGCCACAUCCCAUUAUGUUGCCACCAAAAAGGGGGUGUCCACUUUAGCCAUCAUCUUGGGGACUUUUGGUGCCAGCUGGCUGCCGUUUGCAAUCUACUGCCUUGUAGGUGAGAGGGAGUAUCCAUCAGUGUACACCUAUGCUACGCUGCUGCCCGCAACUUAUAACUCUAUGAUCAACCCCAUUAUCUACGCCUACAGAAACUCUGAGAUCCAACGCUCUAUUUACAUGCUUCUGUGUGGCUGCUUUCAGGCCAAUGGCUCUUAUCGCUCUAGGUCACCAAGUGAGGUCUAAAAAGGUGCUUCUGAAGUGUUUGGAGGAAUGUGUGUGUUUGUGUGUGUGUACGUUAGAAGAGACAGAGCAAAAAGACAAACCAGACAAUUGGCUUGCUGCCGACAGUGAAUGCUUGUCAGACACAAAUGGGGCGUGGAUAUCGUACCUGCACUUUAAUAUGUCUCGAAACAAGUUCAGAAAAGUUAGAAAUGCUGUGAACAAGAAUUCUUGUUAUUAAAAAAAUGACAACAAAUCUGUGAAUGUAUUUAACUGAGAAAAAAAGAAGAGGAAAAUAUUUUUGCACUUUAUUGAGUGUUUUGUUUUUAAUACCAAAGCAGUAUUGUUUGACUUCGGAUGUGUUUAAAUAUCUUGAGCCUGUGUGCAUCCUGUGCCAUUUUUUUCUAUUUUAUAUUGUAUUGUCAAUGAAGUCUGUUUUGUAUCAAACAAAUAAAGGAAUAAACUCCUG